AUGUUUGGACUUGUCAGGACGGGCCUGGAUAAACUUAAGGCUUGGGUCUCGGGAGAAGCGGGUGAUUAUGAUUGGGAGGAAGCGCAUGCUAAAUAUCUCUCUUUCCUCACGCCGGGGCCCUUUCAGCGGGCAGUCGCCGGCGGCGACGUCGAACUAGUCCGCGAAAUGCUCGCCCGCGGCGAGGACCCAAACGAGCUAGACGCUCCGGCGGCGCGCGUGAUAGGCGACGGGAUCGAGCUGGCUGGCGGCUUAGACGCGAUCGAAUGCGCCAUGGCCAUGCUCAACCACAGGAGGCGACCGGAGGACGCCGACGCUGUGCGAAAUAUCUUCGCUUGCAUCGAACUUUGUCUCGACGCCGGCGCCCUCCCCGACGGUCCUACGAGAGAGAGAUGGGAAAAUACACCGCUUGGUUUAGCGGUAGAACAGGGCCGGCCCGAGUUUGUACGGCUUUUCCUCUCGGCCGGAGCCGACCCGAAUGCGCCGGCGGACCCCAAAGGAAACACGAUACUGCAUCACGCUUGUAGAUUGGGGGGGAACCGUGCAACGUACGAAAUUGUUCGACUGCUACUGGCGGCCGGCGCCGAUUACACGGCACGGAUCAAUCCGCUGCACGGCCAGAUCAGGGCACUUAUUUUUGAAACUCCUUUUGGGAUAGCGGUCACCUUCGGGUAUCACCGCCUGUGGCCCCUUUUCCUCCGAGCCGGUGCUGAUGUUCCGAACUUCUGGAGAGGGUUCAUGGAAACUUCACGCUGCCCCGAGAAGGCGCAGCGCUACGAGUAUCUGCGCAUGGUCGAGGCGGCCGGCGGCUUCCAGGCCUACGAGAAGGCGCACGCGAAGGCGCUCGCGGCGACGCUCGCGAAGAAGUUCCCCGCGCACAUCCCCGAGGAAGUAUUCCCGCGCGUCGUCGCGUUCUGGGCCCACACGGGCUUCUACGGUUCGGUGGCAGCCGUCGCCGUGCUGGCCGCGGAGACGAAUCCCCGGACCAACCGGGGCAAUUUGCUACGAAAUCUCUGCGGAGCUAUUAGGGCCUAA